AUGUCUGACGUGGACGAUAUCGAUGAUUCUACAGGAAAUGGUUCCGGUGUUCAACAGAAGGAGAGAAGAAAGAUUGAGAUUAAGUUUAUAGAAAAUAAGACAAGACGUCAUGUCACUUUUUCUAAGAGGAAACAUGGGAUUAUGAAGAAAGCUUUUGAGUUGUCUGUUCUUACUGGUACUCAAGUUUUGUUGUUAGUUGUCUCGGAAACAGGGUUGGUUUAUACUUUUAGUACUCCUAAAUUUGAACCUAUCGUAACUCAACAGGAAGGUAGAAAUUUGAUUCAAGCUUGUUUGAACGCUCCAGAUGAAGAAGAGGAAGAGGAGAACGAUGAUCAACAACAACCGCAACAGGGACAACAACAGCAGCAACAACAGCAGCAACAGCAGGUGCAACAGCAGGGACAACAGGGACAACAACAAGUACAACAAGGACAACAAAGCAAUGGAGUCCUAGGCGAUAGCCAACAGGAUAUGAAGCAGGAUUUAAAACAUCAUGUAAUGACAAAUAACAAUCUAAUACCGCAAGCUGGUAUUAAUCAAGCUGCAAUGAAUAGUAUACCGAAUCAAAAUAUAGCUCAGCAUCAAGGUAUAUCAUUACAACAUCCGAACCCUCAAAAUUAUCAAAACCCAUCACAAUCAUUUUUAAAUCAAGAUCAAAAUGCUGUUUAUCAGCAAUACUUCCAAGAAACUCAACAGGGGCAAUAUUAG